CAUAGUGGUAAGCUGGCAGGUCGCAGCAUCUUUGGUGAAGCUGGUUUGUUUAUAUGGUGCAUUAUGUAGAUGAAUGUUUGUAUAUUGAAACAUCUCUGCAUCGCUGGCAUGAAACCUACCUGAUCAUGGUGUUCUUAAUGUUUUCAUGGAUUCUGUUUAGUUCUGCUGGAAGACGGGCAUCCUCAUAUGGAGAGAACCAAUGAUUCCACAUUGACACAAUUUCUCUUGGUGGGGCUUUCUGAUCACCCGAAGCUCCAGACGGUUUUAUUUGUGCUAGUUUUGUGCAUGUAUCUGAUGAUCCUGCUUGGAAAUGGAGUUCUUAUCUCAGUAGUCAUCUAUGACAUCCGCCUGCACACUCCCAUGUAUUUUUUCCUCUGUAAUCUUUCCUUCCUGGAUAUCUGCUACACAAGCUCUUCUGUCCCCCUAAUUCUCAGUAGCUUCCUGACGGUAAGGAAGAGAGUUUCAUUCUCUGAGUGUAUGAUCCAAAUGUUUUUCUCCUUUGCCAUGGGUGCCACAGAAUGUGUCCUUCUAGGCACGAUGGCACUUGACCGUUUUAUGGCCAUCUGCUACCCACUGAGGUAUCCUGUCAUCAUGAGCAAGGAUACCUAUGUGCCCAUGGCAGUUGGAUGCUGGGUUGCUGGGCUUGUUGACUCACUGGUGCAGACAUCUCUUGCAGUGCAAUUACCAUUCUGCACUAAUAAUGUCAUUCACCACUUUGUCUGCGAAAUUCUGGGCAUUCUGGAACUGGCUUGUGCAGAUAUUUCAAUCAACGUGAUCAGCCUAACAGGGUCAAAUCUGCUUUUUCUAGCUGUUCCAUUGUUAGUUAUUGCUGUCUCUUACAUGUUCAUCAUUGCCACUAUUUUGAGGAUCCCUUCUGCUGAAGGAAAACGGAAGGCCUUCUCUACCUGCUCUGCCCACCUGACGGUGGUGAUUAUCUUCUACGGAACCAUCUUCUCCAUGUACGCAAAGCCCAAGUCUAAAGACACUGCUGGGGCAGGCCAUCAAAGUGUGAUGGAGGCCCUCAUCUCCCUCUUCUAUGGGGUGAUGACCCCCAUGCUCAAUCCUCUCAUCUACAGUCUGAGGAAUAAGGAUGUGAAGGCUGCUGUUCAGAACAUGCUGGGGAGGAAAACGUUGGGUAAGAUGUGA